CUCCCCCUCCCCCUCCUCCUCCUCUUUCGUGGCUCCGUCACUCGGGAGAAGGAAACGAAACCGCGGAUCCCCUUCCCGUGUGAACGAACGCCUCUCUCUCGAUCCGGAUCAGAGGAUCAGAGGGACCCGCUUCCCGGUUGGGAGCCCCACAAGGAGCAGCAGGAAGGGAAGGGGAAAGGGAAAGGGAAAGGGAAAGGGAAAGGGAAAGGGAAAGGGGCUUUGUUCUCCAAGGGCAUGGAGGAGGAUUUCCAGUUCCUGAGAUGCCAGGCGUGCAAGAAGGAGGCCAAGGACCCCAAGCUCUUGCCUUGCCUGCACACCUUUUGCAUGGAAUGCCUGCACGAGAGCAAGCCCAUCGGCCAGUGCCCCUCUUGCAAGGUGGCCAUCCAGAGGCAGGGCGGGGCCCCCGUCCAGGACAACCUGCUCUUUGCCCACCUGCAGGCCAAGCUGACCACCUACCGGAAGAUUGCCGACAGCCAGGACUUGGUGUGCGACCGCUGCCAAGGGGAGGCCGGGUUCUGGUGCUCCGAGUGCGAGGAGUUCCUCUGCCAGGCGUGCUACGACGCGCACCAGUGGUACCUGAAGCAGAAGAGCCACGAGGCCCAAAAGCUGAGCGACGUGAAGAGCGAAACGGCCCUGAGCUUCCUGGAGGGGACGCGGAGGUCCAGCCGCUUCUUCUGCUCGGACCCCGCCCAUAGCGACCAGCUCGUAAGCCUCUAUUGCCGAGGAUGCCGCAAGCCUUUCUGCUGCUCCUGCGCCAUUCUGGACAGCGAACACUACGGCGCCAAGAUGUACUGCGACAUCCGGACGGAGAUCGAGAACCGGAAGGAAGACCUGGGCCGGAUGAAGGAGCUGCUGUCGGAGAAGAAGAAGAGCUUCGAGGAGACCUGCCAGUCCAUCCACGAGAGGCUGCGGGAGAUGGAGAAGGUGCGCAACGCCACCCGGGAGCAGAUCCAAGCCCAGGUGAAAGAGAUGACGGACUGGGUCCAGGCGAAGGGGGAGGAACUCCUGGAGAAGGUGGAGAGGAGGCUCCGCCAAGAGCGCGAGGACGUCGAGAGGAAGCUGCAGAGCGCGGAGAGCGUGGUCCAGAGGAUGGAGACCAGCGAGCAGUUGGUGGAGAAGAUGAACGCCUUCGCGUCGGACCAAGAGGUGAUGGACCUGCACCCCUUCAUCCAGGAGUCUUUGGAGGACCUCCGCGGGGUGGCCGUGCCGGCCGUGGGGUUCCAGGCCCAGAUGGAGAACUUUGCAGACGUCAAGAGCGAGCUCCGGCUUCUCUGCAGGAGAGUCAAAGGAGAGGAGGAUGGAGUUGGUUGCACGGAGCCUGCUUAUCUCCCGACUCUUCCGGUGGUCAAUUCGGAGGAGAACCCGGCAGGGCGGCCUCAGGGGAUGAAGAUGGUCACGCCCAUGUACACCAUCAGCCUGGCCAAGACGCUCCAUGGAUUGGUCCCGUCCAUCACGUCCCCGCUGAAGCGCUCCCUCAACCACAGCGAGAAGAGCGUGCAAGCCUCCGCCAAGGCUCUGAAGCUGGAGGACGGUGAAGGUGAGGCUGGGGAGACCUCCAGCAGGUACGUCCAGGAGGUCCCUCGGAGCGCGCGGCCUCCUCCUCCUUCUCCUCCUCAAAGCUCCACCCCGAAGAAAGAGCGGCGAGAAGACGUCCCUUCCGUGGAGAUGGUGGAGAACUCUUCACACGGGGAUGGCGACGAAGAGCCCGCCAGCAUCAUGAUCAGCAGCUCCGAGGAAUCUGAAGAUGGCUUCAUGUGAGCGCCUCUUUCUUUCUUCUCAACGACCUCCUUGACCUCUGAGUUGGGCGGACCGAGGGACCGUUCUCCGAGGCCGAGCUUGGCCGAGUUCUCCACGCCCCGAAGACUUCCAAGAAUCACCAAGAAUCUUCUCCCGUCUCUUCACAGCCCUGGUUUUGGUGGCCUUGGUGUGAGUCAGGCCACCAGUGUGGCCAGGCAACGACUGGUCAGCAAGCAACUACUGGUCAGCAGGUCACAAAUGCUCCUUUUUAAGAGUGAAUAAGGAAAAAUAAGGCAUCCCCUGGAAAUAAG